CCUCUCAGAGUUUCCAUAGACCAGGCGAAAAUAGAAACCACUUACCGCUCACAACAACCAAGAGCCCAACAUGUUUGGAAUACAGUGGGGCGACAUCAAGAUCGGGAAUACAUCAAACCAGCAAUCCCAGAAGAUUUCAGGAGUCAAAAUCAUUUUCUUGAUCUUAAUUGUUGAUAUUUGUUUGAUGAUGCCGAUUGAGUCUUCAAGGCCCGAUCAAAGGAGGUUGUUGAAGCGAAACUACUAUCAAAAGUACCGCAAGACAGCUCGAAGACAACCAAUCGCCGCCGAGGUGUCUCCGCUCCUUCCAAACACGAUCGCCUCAACACUCAAUCCCCUCGAGCAGGCAGACUUGGACUCGGCUUUGAGUCAUUUUGUCUAUCCAAAUCCUGUGGACAGCUUGCCUGACUUUUCUUAUGCUGGUUAUCGAUCUGGAAACGUCCCCAUUCCUUCGUUAGACAACAUCACCAUGACCAUUUCGCCUACCAAUGACGAGGACGAUCGGACGGAUGAAAUUCAAGCUGCGAUCGAUUCGUUGGCUGGAAACCCUGGCGUGAUCUUCUUUGAAGCAGGCACAUACCUCUUAUCGAGUAACAACAGCAUUCGUCUGCCCUCCUUUGUGGUCCUUAGAGGUCAAUCAAGCACGCCUUCCACAACAUUACUCCGAGUCUCAGGCCCGCCCAGAAAUCUGUUCGAGAUCGGGGAUCCUAAAGCCUCUGGAUCCUUGCGCCCAGAAGAAGGCAAGAGCGCAAUCAAUCAAGAUUACGUUGGUGUUGGAGCACAAUUCGUGGAGGUGGAGAACGCCUCCCAGUUCAAGGUUGGCCAAAGUAUUGCCGUACAUCGUCUGGCCACUCAAUCAUGGAUUGAUGCCAUGAAUAUGAGCAGUUUGGUCCGAAAUGGAAAACGAGAAGUCUGGCUUGCUCCCAACACUCCAGUCAACCAAGAGCGAGAGAUUGUAGCCAUCGAUGGAAAUCGGAUCAGUUGGGAAGUUCCUUUGACAGAUUCCAUCAACGUCUCAUUGUCUGAGAAUACUGCCAGUAUUGUUGCCUAUCAAGCACCAAUCCGAGUUCAACAGGCCGGAAUUGAGAACAUGGUGCUCACUCAAGUGCCUGAUUCAUCUAGCUUAGUGGUUGGGACCCCGACUAUCUUGCCGAUCAAGAUUGGGGGUGCAGAGGACUGCUGGAUCAAGAACAUCCAAAUCACGGGCUUCAUUGAAUUUUCCUAUCUGACCCAGCCUAGUCGAAGAAUCACGCUCUCCGAUUUCGUGAUCAUCCGGGAUGUUCCGACCUCAAACGGUGGAACAGGUGCUUUACCACUCGAUAUCACCAUGGGCGGAUCGCAAGCUCUGCUUCUACGAGGAAGAACACUUGGAAACCAGAAUACGGCCUCAUAUAUCGUCUCAACUGGUCGGCUAGCAGCCGGGCCGAAUGUUGUCUCUGGAUACAUUGCUACUGGAUCCGCUCACCAUAUGAUCGAACCUCAUCAGCGAUGGAGUACUGGGUUUUUAGUAGAGAACUCGCAUGUUGGGCAGAUCAACUUGAAAAAUCGUGGCAUCAUGGGCACCGGGGAAGUUGGCAUGAAAAGGCACGGGUGGGCCAUUGGCAACGGCGUGAUAUGGAGCUGUUCAGCAACCAAACUGACGGUCCAAAACCCACCGAUGUCGAGGAACUUCAAAGUGAAUUCGCAAGAAGUCGCCAAUUUCCAAAAUUUCCGACCAACCGCUCAAGCCCAACCACUUGACAGUCUGUAUCAGUUGCAACUAAGCGCAAGGAUCGGAGCCGCUGCGGCAGCACUCAUCUUCCAGACGGCCGACACCUUGCUUAAUCAACCGGCCAAUGGCAGCAUGCACAUGGUCCAGCAUACUGUGGACGUCGUGGACGCUUUACCAGUGUCCGAAAUACAUGCCUCAGCCGAAUCGCCCGCUCCUCAAGACGCCUUGGUUUCUGAUCUUGUUGAGGCCCUUUGA